GAAAAGGGAAAUAGAUGAACCCGAAAUCGGUUUUAAUGCAUAAAUCUGUACCUAAUUUGCCAACAGCCAGUGAGGUUGGAGUAAAGAAAAUUAAAAAAGGCAAAAAUGAUGAGAAGACUAUGAGAUCAAAUUUCAGAAGAGAUGAAUGGCUUGAACAAGUAGCACAAAGCCCUGAAUUUGCUAAAUAUUUUCAUGGAGGAGCUAUCCCAAUGGUCCAUCCAGAUUUAUUGGACUUUCGUCCACAAGACGAGGCAAAUAACGCUUUCAAAAAGCGCAAUUAUAUCCCUGAAAGACAGAGAGCUUUAAACGCUUCGACGAAUUACAAAUCCUUGCAUGUUGUGGAAGGAGAGAAAUUCAAUGACAGAGAUCCUAACAAAAAGAAUGAUUUUAGACCAGUUGACAAGAAGAAGUUGCUGAAUCCUCCUCUAAAAUAUACAACUUCAUCAACCAAAAAUAGAGUUGCUGAAACUAUUUCUGAAAAUUGCAGAUAUUCUUUGGAGCCAGCUAAUGAAAAGAUGCGCUCAGAUCCUCAAUUCCGCAAGAAUCAUCGUGAGAAAUGGAUGUCAAAGAAGGAUUUUAUUAUGGGAUAUAAGAACAAAACAAUCCAGCCUCGAAAGAACUUUGAUGAUAAAACCUCUGAUCCUUUUAUGGGUGGCAAGGAGAAGGUCAUCGCUAUGACUAGUAGGCCACUUAACAAGACCAAGAACAUCAGUGAUGUAGAGUUUUCAUCAGUAAUCUCCAAAAAUCCUUCACAGCAUAAUACUAUCAAUAACUCCUCGCUCAGGUCACUUGCAAGUAUAAUGAAGUUGAAGAACACUGGAUUUGCAGGUGAUAUAACCGAAUAUACUAAACCAAAAUUUUCAUUGAACAUUUCCAAAUCUGUGCCUAAACUUGUUGAAAUCAACCGUAAUACAGAAGAUACAGUCCAAGAGAUUCUUGCUGAUUUUGGACAUUUGCCAACGAAAUCCUUCAAGGUCCGGUCUCAAUUAAAAGGGACUCAGAACCGUAGAUACAAGGUAGAGAAAGAGAUCGAUGAUAAAGAUAUUAUGGAGAUGAUCAUUAACAACAGAAAAUUAUAUCAUAUGUCUGCCUACAAGGUUGUGAGCAAGCCCGACAUCGUCCUGAGAAAUCAGAAGAAAGUCAAGAAGAUUCACAGUAGUAAGAAGGAGGGAAAGAAAUUACUCGAUGAAGAGGACAGAUCUCCUGGUCCAAUAGAUCAGAAUCUGAUUAAACCUAGUAAUGCUGAAAUGAGAGAAACAGUCCCUGUUUCAAUUUCAAAACCUGUGUUUAAUCAUAGGAGAUUAUCUAUGCAGGAGAACGCUCAUGAUGAUGAGCUCAAGACUGAUUUUGAACGCAGGAGUUUUCAUAAAAAGAAAGCUUCCCAAGAACUAAAGUUUCCAGAAAUUAAAAUCAAAGGGACAAAUUUUAACGAUCGAAUUAUCAAUGAUAUUGAUCUUGCGACUGGGUUUAACGACUUCUUGAACAGAGUCGAGAAUGAUCCCAUUGAGGUAGAGUCAGCAAGGAACCUUGAUAGGGGACAAGCUUUCAAGAGAGAAUCUUCAAAAUUCAACACAGGUUCUGUGAGGAGACACUCUCCACCGAACAGUGGUCGUGAAUUAGGAGCAAAUGAUUCGUUUGAGGAGAGGUUUGCUAGCCAUCUUGCUAACAAUGAAGAUAACAAAUCGUUUCUGAAAUCUGUCCAUACAAAUCUUGAUGAUAGUGAGUGAAUGAAUGGGCAUACAAUGAACAUGAAUUCUAUGACCUUGACUGAUAUUCUCAGAGAUCCAGGAAAUAAGAAGGUCAAAAUUUUAGAAAAAAUGUAUAAAAAUCCAAGUAUGAAGCCAGAAGGAAUCAAGAAGCUGGUAGAUGAUUAUUUUACAAAAUAA